UCUCACUCCCCGAAUCACCUUCAAGUCCUCUAUCUCCAUUCUUUCUCGAACGAUAGGCCAGUGGAGGGCAAAUUAACACCCGAUCUUGACUUUUCUAUAUCAUGCGAGGGUUAUAGCUACAUUCUUUCCGCACCGUCAAGGCCAUCGAUCCAUCUGACCGGUCACCAUGCAGCGCGCGCUGCCGCUUCUCCACGGCCAGGUCACACUCUUCACGGCCCUAGAUGAUGAUGACAAUGUCCUCCAAGAGCUCUCUUAUCCCGAACUGAGACUCGAGUUCUAUAUAUAUCUUUAUCAGCACCGCACCGUAAUCGAGUCGAUCGUGUCGUAUCACUUGAAUCUACACAGGAAGCAGACAUGCCGUGUUGGGGAAGUCAAAGACUGGAUAGCCGGGAGCUUCAAUGUGUGCAUACCAGUUGAGAUUGAUGGGCACGAUGAGAAUGCACCCAAACGAGUUCUUAUCAGGUUUCCUCUUCCCUACAAGGUCGGCGAGAUUCAACACCCAGGCAACGCGGACGAGAAGCUUCGCUGCGAGGCUGCAACCUUUAUCUGGAUUCGGCAGAACUGUCCUUCUAUACCCAUGCCUCGAUUGCGGGGCUUCGCAUUUGCACAAGGCCCAUGCUUCACCGCGAUAGAGCACGUCCCGAUCCUCAGCCGACUGAAAUGGUAUUUCCACCGCGUAGUAUCGUUUCUUUUCGGGUAUGCGCCCCGGCCGCCUUACCUUAGCCGAAAUUGCCCUUUCAGCCUGACUACCGGAUAUCUCAUUAUGGAUCACGUCGGAAGCACCGAUACUAUGAUGCUCUCCGAAUCUUGGAAUAAGUUACGCCAUGACCAAGACCGCAGAGCCAACCUUUUUCGCGGGUUGAGCCAAAUUAUCUUAUCCUUAGCCCAAUUUCCUUUUGAUCGCAUUGGAUCUUUAACAAUCGAUGAUCAAGGCAUUAUAAAACAUACCAACCGCCCUCUAACGCUUCGUCUCCACCACCUAGAAAAUGAGUCCGUCCCCACCUACAUAGACGGGGACUUUACAUAUUCAACCAGCGAUAGCUACUUCAUGGACUUGUUAUCCUGUCAUGACAGUCGGCUGCGCCACGCCCCGAAUUCAAUACGGAACAAGGCCGAUGGUGAAGCACAGCUGUCAACUCUGACCAUUAUGCGAGCUCUAUUGCCACAUUUUUCCUGUCGCCGCUAUCGGCAAGGACCGUUUAUCAUGACCCUGACGGAUCUACAUCAAAGUAACCUUUUUGUCGACAGCAACUGGAACAUUAAGUCACUAGUCGACUUGGAGUGGACAUGCUCACUACCGGUCGAAAUGCUCCAUCCGCCCUACUGGCUCACUGGUCGUGGAGUAGACCAGUUAUACGAAGGGGAGCAUCUUGACGCUUUCAGCAAGAUUCACGCCGAAUUCAUGAACGUCUUUGAGGAGGAGGAAGAGGCCCAUUCUCGAGCGGGGAAUAAGACCCUCGGUCUCUCAGGUAUUAUGAGGAAAGGCUGGAAACUGGGGAGUUUCUGGUAUUUCCACGCCCUCGAAACACCUAAAGGUUUAUACAAUAUCUUCCUAGAUCAUAUACAACCAAGGUUCUCAAAACUGGAUGACGCUGGAUUGGUGGAGUUUGAGAGGACCAUCUCGCCUUACUGGGCACCGGACGUACAAAGAUUUCUUGAUGGUAAGAUAAAAGAGUUAGAGACAUAUGAAGGUCAACUUCGUGACGCCUUCGCAGGCGCCCACGAAGAACCGCCUAACUCUGGGCCACCUUCUGCUACUUGAAGCAUAGAGUUGUUCAAUAUCAUGCUUAUUCCGAGUCCCCAGUCUGCCCCGUGCUUCCUUGAGUGGCCGCCUGCCUACCGGCAUUCUCGUUCUGUGCACGCCGAAGUGCGGCUUGUCUUCGGCGGUCCGGGGGCCCUUUUUUCCAGAUGAUGACAACUGUUCCAUCGUCUUCUGGUCACUCGAGCCGAGUGUGACAGCAUUACGGGCCUCGCGCUCCGCUGCCUGCUGUGAGGCACGUCUGUCGGCCAUCUCGUACGUCAGGAGUCUUUUGUAUGCUGGAGCUUUUGCUAUACUGACUCGGGAUCCGGUUCCUCUUAGGUUUUAUGAAAGAGGAUAUUUAGCAUGAUCGACGUGUCAUUAUAGCGCCCCCCACCCCUUGCAAUUGAUUUCACACACGGG